AUGUCAUUCACAUUCAAAUGGCCUCGCUUCUCCGACCAGUUCCACGCGGACGCCAUCCAGAUGCUCGAGUCUGCCCUCAACAAGGGCAACAAACCACCCGUCAUAGCGGAUAGGAUAGAGGUCGUCGAGCUGGAGAUGGGCACCCAACCCCCAGAGCUCGAGAUACGGGAUAUCGGUGAGCUCACCGUGGACCAGUUCCGCGGGAUAUUCCGCCUCACAUACACUGGCGACGCGCACAUCGUCUUAAGGACGAAGGUCCAGGCGAACCCGUUGAACCACAAGCAGCCCGACAUACACCUUAUGGGCGGCUCGCGCGGCAUGCUAGCGGCGAAGCAGCCGCUGGUUGUUCCCAUGCUCCUCCGGCUCUCGCACUUCAAGCUAAACGCGUAUGUCGUACUCGUCGUGUCGCGCCAAAAGGGCAUCACGCUCGUGUUCAAGACGGACCCGCUUCAGAACGUGGACAUCAACAGCACAUUCGACUCCAUUGCCGUCAUUCAGAAAUUCAUCCAGCGGGAGAUUGAGGGUCAGCUCCGUCAGAUGUUUCGCGAGGACUUGCCUGGCAUCAUCCACCGCCUCAGCCAGCAGUGGGUCAAGGCCAAGGUUGAGGCACCCUAUCUGCAGAAGCCCGCCGCUCCCGUCGCGGUCCCGUCGCGCACCCGUAGCGUGGCGUCGUCCCCCGGCGAGCCUGCCUACCGCAUCCCACGAAUGCCUCCGGUCGGGGUUGCGCCGAGCCUUAUCCGCCGCGCUUCCUCUGCCGCGCCGUUCAUGCGCCCCCGAUCGUCCUCUAUACAAUCAGCGUCGAGCAUGGGCAUGCGUGCGGCUAUGUCUGUGGCCUCGUCUCCAUCCUCGCGAAUACCUCCUCAGGCCACCAGCCAGCACGAGCAUCAUCACCAUCACCACGACGGCCCUACCUCGUUUCCGGACAUAGAGAAUUACGAUCCGACCUAUGGCCUGCGCCCGGAAGGUCUACCUGCGAAGAGCACUUUCGGCGGCUUCCGGAACCUUUUCGCGCAGAACAAGGGUCUCGCGGAUUUGGCCGAAGAGUCGAGUGAGAUCGACGACAUGCUCGAUGAGACGGGUUCUUUCGAUCCAAGCACAUGGGAAGACUUUAUGUCCGAGACGAACCUCGGGCCUUCCAUAUCAGAGGCGGGAGAUAUCGGCGAAUACGAGACCGUGCCCGCUGUGGGUGGGGGUACGAUCACACGCCCACGAGUCUAUCAUACCCAGUCGCAGAUCCACGUCGCAUCGCCCGAUGGAGAAGCCCACCCAACACCUUCCGCGUCGCGCAGACCUCUUCCCUCUCGCGCAGGAUCUAUGCAGUCCACACGCCCCCCCUCACGAGCCAGUUCUCUCUACAAUCCCUACUUCGCGGGUUUGACACCGUACUAUGAGUCCGUGCCUACGCCGCGAUAUUCGUAUCCAUCUUAUGCGGAGAGCUCAUCUAGCCCUCUCCGUCGCUCGCCCUUGUCUAUCCCACCAGUACCCUCGCUCGCCCACUCUCCUAUACACCGCCCAACUAGUACAUCAAGCAUACAUACGCAACCCUCACGAUCCAGCGACAUGACCCACUCCGUCCCCACCCCACCGCCACCAGAGGAAGACCCGAACGUGCGCAUCACGCGCCCGCGGCGUCUCUCUACGGCGUCGUCCAACCUCGACGACGCGUUCUCCUCGAGCUCGUACGACCAGCACAUGCAGGACCACGACCCAAAGAUCGUCCUCCGCCCGUCAAUCAACAACUCCAUCUCACAGCUGUCAACGCUCAGCCACUCCAACCAUACCCUCUCGCCAUACACGCGCACGCUCGAGCACUUCACUGUCCGUAGUGUUCCGCCGCGCGAGACAAAUUCCUCGGGACCUGCGUCCAGCGCUGACCGUCAGCCCGUUCGCGCGCGUCGCAAGCGCAUCCACCGACUUGGCAAGAAGCCUGCGAAGCCACCUGAGCGCUCCCCGCCGUUCGAGGAGAGCGCGCCGUCGUCGCCCGCACGGCAGCUGUCCGAAUUCGACGCGUCAGAGAUGGACACGUACUUCCGCGCGCGCGACGACCUCAUCCCGAGGUAUCCAAGCCUCCAUCCGUCGCACGUCCGCCGACGAGUGCCACACGUGUCUUGA